AUGACCAAGAUGAAGAUGCCAAUGCUGCCCACGUGGCUGCUACUAGCGCUGCCCGGGAUUUUGGCGCAAGGCGACUUCGCGGCUCUGGAUCCAGAGGCCGCCGCAGUUGCGGAAGACCCACACUUUGAUCCGUAUGACGACAAGCCGCGUGGAGUUGGAGCAGACGCGGAGUACGCUCCAAAAGCUCGCGCCGUGGAAAGCUUCGACUUCGAUCCGUCCGAGGGCUUGACGUUCUACGUAGCUGGAGAGAGCAGCGAUUGCUUCUACCAGGACGCCAAAUUCGACGGAGAUGAACUGGGCGGUGCCUAUGUCGUGAGCUCUGCAGAUUCGCACAUUGAUUUGGAGGUGAAGAACCCUGAGGGCGUCACUAUCUACCGACGACUAGGAGACGCAGAGGGACAGUAUCUCGUCAUACCCAAGCAAUCGGGUGUACAUGAGUUCUGCUUCAUCAAUCCGGACUCGGACGGGAAGCUAGUGACGCACGUGACUAACACGUUGCAGUCGCAGCAUCCGGUUGAGAAAGAGCACGUGAGUGUGUUGGCGAAGUACGCGUCGCACUUGGAUGCAUAUCAAGGGUGA